GAAAAAUCUUGCUAAAACGUAUAGGCGACCAGAUUUGCUGCUUAAACAACGAAUUACAUUCGUUUGAUGGCUUCAGGUUCGUUAACAGAAAAGAUAGAAGCGACAAUGAACCAGAAUACGUCAUGUGAUGUUUGUACUGAGCCCACGGGAACCAGUCGGGCUGUCAGCGGUGUUCUCCUGACACUAUUUGCAAUAGUCGGAAUACCUGGCAAUUUCAUCAACUUUUACGUCUUCGCUUCGGGUCCUCUUCGGAGUAAGCUUCGUAUACGAGCCUCUACAGCUCGUAUCCUUGGUAACUUGACAACAGCUGAUCUAUUCGCUUCGUGCAUUAACAUCCCAUUAUGCUUUGCGCUCUUUGUUUUCCAGACCGAUGAUGAUUUAGGUGUUAUUUUCUCAAGAAUUCAUUUUUUGAUUACCCUUCCUUUUCUGGUGGUCAACUGCGCAUGUCUGAUCCUCCUCAGCCUUGAUCGUCACGACUCCCUUAUAAGGCCACAUAAAUAUCGUUUGACUAAUAACAGACUGACGAUCACCUUAGUCUUGUCGUGGCUCUUUGGAAUCAUCUGUGGAAUCAGUAGUUUUCUACGCCAAAAACACUUCAUCCUCUGGAAACCUGAUUCCUACGUGCACCCCUCGCCAAACUCUCUAGUCCUUAUCAUGGGAGUCAUCACCGUCAUAUCUGUCCUAAUCUCUCAUUUUAAGGUCAAAAACUCUUUAAAGGGAAGCAACGACCGUGUAAUCAACCUCACUUGUAGUGUACAGUUAAGAAACACACGCCAAGCUACUGAAAUAAGAGUCAUGAAAGCGAUGGUUCUCAUCACUUUAACCCUUCUAUUGACCUAUGUUCCCUGGGCAACUGUCAGGACUGUGUAUCGUUUCAAGAAGAUCAUCUUUCACGCAGACGUCUACGUUAUUUGCCGAGUAAUGCUUCUCAUUAGCCAUAUUGUGCAUCCCUUUAUUUACCUUGGGGUGAGUAGCGAGUUCCGUCAUGUGACUAAGUCACUAUUGGCGCCUUGUGGAGUUGAGGUGGACUCAUUUGAAUCGACUGGCAGUAAUAUACCCUCAGUGAGAACAGCAAAGCGCUCCUACAGAGUGGCAGCUACGAUAUAACGCCUUCUGUGAUUGGGUAAUUGAAUGCCUCAAUGACACCCAAAGAAAAUAACCCAAAGACACAAAGUGUUAUGGGGAUGUGAAAAUAGAGAAUAAAAGCUUACACAAGAAACCAAGAAGCGCAAACCACAGUAUUACAUCUUCUCUGAUUGGUCACUAAAUAUCUGAUCCAUAAAAGUUAACACAAGAAUCCAAGAAGCGCAAACCACAGUAUAACAUCUUCUCUGAUUGGUCACUAAAUAUCUGAUCCAUAAAAGCUAACACAAGAAACCAAGAAGCGCAAACCACGGUAUAACAUCUUCUCUGAUUGGACCAUUAUAGUGUAACACUUUCCCCCUAACAUUUUCCACUUCGUUCAUAUAGACAACAAUUUGUCAGCUGCCAUAGCAUGCUAGUAGGUUUAUGCUAAAAGGUCAUUAUUUUACCGGCGCGUAGCGUUACUGUAUUGAUGCGCAAAUAGCGUGGGGUCCCAAGUAUAUUAAAAUAUUAUUUCAUUUGACUGUGAAAAAUUCACGGCACGAAAUUAGUUGUGACAUGCCAAGGCAAACGCCACCGAUCACAUUGCUCGAGAAUUUACUCUCCGUCCAAUCAAAUAUGAUGGCAUGUAAAGGGCGCGGACACGGUCACGCGGUGUGCAUGCCUUGCAUCACGACACUGUCAAAAUCCUGACAAUUGUCAUUUACUAACCACAGAGAAAUAGUAUGCACCGCGUGCAGCUAUUGGGCAAAUAGUAAUUCUGAUGUCCACAAUAGAGGCUUGCAUCAUCACGUGAUGGUAGCCAUGACAGGAGGCACGACGAUAGAGUAUUUUUCCUCUGAUUCAGAUUAGACCAAAUUGAGUAGACCUCCUGGGCUCGAGGGUAAUGUUGUCCCAUUUCAGACCACGUAUCAUU